CUGGCUGGCAGCUGGUGAAGGAGUGGGCUGCGCCGCGCCCGGCCUCGGGCUGCGGGGCCAAGGAACGCUCGCGCCCACCCGAUCCCGCCACCCGGUGGCGCGGACCCGGGGGGGAGCGCGGGCGGAGGGGGGGUGGCGCGCCGCGGCGGCCGGGUGUCCCUAGUGCGCCCCGCGGAGCCGCGCGCAGACCCGCCGGCCGUCGGGGGCGCGGCUGGCAGCCGGAGCCCACACCUGUCCUGCCCCGGCGGCUUGGUGCGGGUGUCGCGCCGCAGUCCGCGGCAUCGGAGGCGGCGAGGGCGAGGACCGCGUUCCGGAGGAAGUGGCGCCCAGCCCGAGGCCUCGGACCUCGAGCCCCCAGCUGCACAGCAGCAUGGCCCCGAAGCUGCUGCUCCUCCUCUGCCUCUUCUCCGGCUUGCACGCGCGGUCCAGAGAGGUGGAGGAGGAUGAAUACGAAGACUCAUCAUCCAACCAAAAGUGGGUUUUGGCUCCCAAGUCCCAAGACACCGAUGUGACUCUUAUCCUCAACAAGUUGCUGAGAGAAUAUGAUAAAAAGCUGAGGCCGGACAUCGGCAUCAAACCGACCGUCAUCGACGUCGACAUCUAUGUUAACAGCAUUGGUCCCGUGUCAUCCAUAAACAUGGAAUACCAGAUCGAUAUCUUCUUUGCCCAGACCUGGACGGACAGCCGCCUCCGGUUCAAUAGCACCAUGAAAAUCCUCACUCUGAACAGCAACAUGGUGGGGCUGAUAUGGAUCCCGGACACCAUCUUCCGCAACUCCAAAACGGCCGAGGCCCACUGGAUCACCACCCCGAACCAGCUCCUCCGCAUCUGGAACGACGGGAAAAUCCUCUACACGCUGAGGCUCACCAUUAACGCAGAGUGCCAGCUGCAGCUGCACAACUUCCCCAUGGAUGAGCACUCCUGCCCGCUGAUCUUCUCCAGCUAUGGCUACCCCAAAGAAGAAAUGAUUUAUAGAUGGAGGAAAAACUCAGUUGAGACCGCGAACCAGAAAUCCUGGCGGCUUUAUCAGUUUGACUUCAUGGGCCUCAGAAACACCACGGAAAUCAUGACAACAUCGGCAGGCGACUACGUCGUCAUGACGAUCUAUUUCGAACUGAGCCGGCGGAUGGGCUACUUCACCAUUCAGACGUACAUCCCCUGCAUCCUGACCGUGGUCCUGUCCUGGGUGUCGUUCUGGAUCAAAAGAGAUGCGACGCCGGCCAGAACAACGUUAGGGAUCACCACGGUGCUGACCAUGACCACGCUCAGCACCAUCGCCAGGAACUCCCUGCCGCGUGUGUCCUACGUCACCGCCAUGGACCUCUUCGUGACCGUGUGCUUCCUGUUCGUGUUCGCCGCCCUGAUGGAGUACGCCACCCUCAACUACUACUCCAGCUGUCGGAAACCGGCUGCCACUAAGAAGAAAACGUCGUUAUUACCUCCAGAUUCCUCAAGAUGGAUUCAUGAGCGAAUAACCCUACAAGCUCCCUCCAACUAUUCGCUCCUCGACAUGCGGCCGCCGCCGGCCACGAUGAUCACGUUCAACAACUCCCUGUACUGGCAGGAGUUCGAGGACACCUGCGUGUACGAGUGUCUGGACGGCAAGGACUGCCAGAGCUUCUUCUGCUGCUACGAGGAGUGCAAGUCGGGCUCUUGGAGGAAAGGGCGGAUCCACAUAGACAUCUUGGAGCUGGACUCGUAUUCCCGCGUCUUCUUCCCCACGUCCUUCCUGCUCUUCAACCUGGUCUACUGGGUCGGCUACCUGUACCUCUGAGCGCUGCCGGUGGGGAGGGGGGUGGCGCGCUUGGCACCCCCCCCCCCCGAGCCCCACCCCCUGCGCCCCGUGCCGGCCACCCGCCCCAGACCAGUGAGGACCCACCGGGGUAGCACGAGGACUCUGCUCAGUGGGUCUGAAGUUCCGCCUCCCCUCUGAGCAGCGUGGGAGAACGUGCCAAAUAUUUCCAUUGUGUACUUCACACUCACACCCACGCACACGCGCGCACACUCACACGGGCUGCGUUUCCACCCCUUCCUGAAUCUGUACCUCGGUGGCGUUCACGAAUGGUAGCAGCUGCCGAUUAUUCUUGCAAAGACAUCUGUCGCCCGGCGAGCAGACACGUGAGACGCUCUCUCGGGCCGUGACCUUCCGGAGCUUUCCUCGGCUGCCCAUGGGGACCCCGCGCGCACCUGUGCGGAGGCGCUGCUGCUUGGGACAUGCUCACACCGACCCGAGCCCCGGGCCCCCAGGCAGCCCGAGUUCCAGUGUGAACGGCAGCGCGUCUGGAGCCCGGCUCCUCCCUUGGUGGCCUGUUUUGUUGUGACACCCUCAUCAUUAGCCCACCUUCCUUCUCCUAAUACCCUCACCUGGGCUGGGGAAGGGAGUGCGCGCAUCACCGCUGAGUUCCCAGAGGAGGAAAAAAUACGAUUUUCAGAUGCUUUCAUGUUGCUGAAAUCAACGGCGUGGGUUAUCUCCGGACGUCAGAAGGUCAUUACUUUGUGCCAAACCACUGAAAAUCGGCCGUAUCUGAGCCUCCGGCUGGCAGACGGGUGGGG